AUGCUUUUCCUCCCAGCUGCUGCUCUGUGCUGUCUGUGUUCAGUGCUGGUUGCCAUGGCAGCACAGCUGAUUCAGGAUGAUCUAACAUUGACCAGGAGAGCUGGUGAAAAAGUUUCAUUCAGCUGUCAAGGAACUGACCAAUGUGACAGUAGUUAUGUAGUCUGGUACCAGAAGAAAGACGCAGAAACAUUCAAAAGGAUUCUUCGUAUUACCAGGAAUAAUUGUGAAUUAAAUAAAGGUUACAAUCACCCUCAGGAAGAUGAUUUCUUAGCUGUAAUGAAACAGAACGGCUGUGAGUUGCAGAUCCAGAGAGUUAAACUCUCACAUUCAGCCACCUACUACUGUAGCUGUGUGAUAGAUGACUACCUCAUCUUUGGCCGUGGCACUAAACUGUUUGUAGUUGAGCAGGUAGAGAAGCCCAUGGUGAGCGAGUACCCAGCAGCAUCCAGAGUCCACCUGGAGGGGAGGAGCUCCCUGCUGUGUCUGGCCUCAGCCAUGUCUCCUCCUCUGGUCAAGUUCUCCUGGGAAAGACAGAAGAAGAACAGUCAGCUGGAGGAGCUGACCCCUGCUGAGUUUGAGCAGCGGGAGCUCAGAGAGUCGGGACGCAGCGCCUCCAUCCUGCUGCUCCAUCAGGAAGAGGACAGCACAUAUAUAUACCGCUGCUACAUCAAGCACGAGGGGGGCACAGUGGAGGCCCAAACAGAACAAGAGGUUUCAACUUUUAUUCCAACAAGACCAACUCCAACAUCUUCACCAGCUCCACCAACUCCAACAUCUCCACCAGCUCCUGUCCCGUCUCAGUCCCAGGUGCUGCUGUUCUGUGUGCUGUACACAGUGCUGAUAGUGAAGAGUCUGGUGUACUGCUGUGGACUCUCUCUGCUGAUGAUCCUCAGAAACAAGGGACCGUCCACCAACUGCACACAUGCUGACUGACUAACUUCUUCACAAAUGUCACUUAUGACGUGUUGACGGUCCAGCUUUAACUUCUCACUGACUAACUGUUAAAUCCUGAAGAUAAAGUCGACAGCUGAUCCUGAG